CUGAUAGAGGGAUCGAAGAGAGUCGUCAAGAAUGUUCUGAGGAGUCACUAUCCAACAGUCACGUAAAAACAACUCACACGAUGAUACGUAAUGCAUUUUUUAAGCCGAAGGUUGGGAUACGAGAGUCUCUUCUCCUACUUAUUUUCACGUUAACUCGAAUAGCUGCAGUGAGUCGAAAAGACCUUUACCCCUUUGCUCUACCAGGAGCAGUGAACCUUAAAACUGAUCCAAAUGGUAUGGUAUUUACUGAAGAACGACAACUCCAAACGCCGAUCGUUCUCUUCAAUAAGGAAUACAAAUUUAUAUUUGUUAAUGGAAAUGGAGUAUUAUCCUUUAUAAGACCAAUGAAUAGAUUCUUUAAUAUUCCAUUUCCUCUUGAUGAUCCAGUAAUAGCUCCUUUAUACACACAUGUCGAUAUCCGUGCAUCAGGAGAAAUACAUUAUGUAGAAACUAAUUUACCUGAAAUACUCUCUCGUGCUGGUGAUCUUAUAAGAAAUGCUUUCAAAAAUGCUCUUAGUUUUACACCAACUCAUGUUUUUAUAGUAACAUGGCUAAAUGUAGGGUAUUUUCACGAAAAAAAAGAUAAGAUUAAUACUUAUCAGGUUGCUAUUUCCUCAAAUGGUACACACUCAUAUGUAGAGUUAUUAUAUCCUGAAAAUGGAAUUCAAUGGAUUCAAGGAGAAUCUCAUCCAAAUGGACUUCCAGAUGCCAAAGCUCAAGUCGGUAUCAUUGGUGAAGACAAGAUGUAUGUACUUACUGGUUCUGGUACUGAUCAAAUUCAAAAUAUUGACAAGUGGUCUAAUAUUCACCGUCCUGGUCAAUGGAUUUUUCAAAUUGGUCCAGUUCAAGAAAAUCAGAAUAUUAUAUUACCCGAUAAUGUAAAUGACAAUUACAAAAAUGAUCAAAUACAAAGUUGCAUGAGUGGUGGAGCAACUCAUUGUCAUAGUAAAGCAAUAUGUAUUGAUUAUGAAUAUGGUUUCUGUUGUACAUGUAAACAAGGCUAUUUUGGAAAUGGAAAAUCUUGUCAACCAAAUGAUAUACCGUUACGUGUCAUAGGUAAGGUUUUUGGUACAAUAAAUAGUCAAGAUUUUAUAAACAGAGAUUUACAAUGCUAUGUACAGACAAAAGAUGGAAGAACAUAUACAGCACUUGCUCGCAUACCAGAAAACAUUGGAAAUCGUUUUCAGCUUUUGAAUCCUAUAAAUGAUAUUAUAGGUUGGCUCUUUGCUAAGACCAAUGGAGAAAUAAAGAAUGGAUAUCAAUUGACUGGUGGUGUAUUCAAUCAUACGGUUGUAGUCACUUUUAAGACAAGUGAUAAAGUGAUAAUAAGUAAUAGAUAUCUUGGGUUGGAUGUAUUUGGUCAGUUGAAAAUGGAGUCUGAAAUCAAAGGUACUUUACCAUUUGUUGAAGAAGGUGAUCGCAUUGAUUAUGGUGAUUAUGAAGCACUUCUAACACGUACCCAACCAGGUAUAAUUAGAUCCUACACACAACGAAGCUAUCGACUAGCUAGUUCGCCCAAAUUUGAACGUUUAUUUAUUGAGGAUCAGAUAAUAUAUUAUAAUGAAUGCAGUUUUGCAACAGAAAAUACAAAAAGCAACAUCAGUAAACUUAAAUUUUCAAGAGGUAUCACAACAUAUGAAAGUCAUGAAGGAAUCAUUCGAUUUGCUACAAAUGCGAAAAUUAUGCUACAUGAAGAGGAAGAUCCAUGUAUACAAGGCAAAGUUACUUGUAGUGAUAAUAGUUCCUGCAUUGCUGAUGGUGACAGCUUUAAAUGUAUUUGUAAUCCUGGGUAUUCACAGCUCCAUGACGAAGAUAGAGCUUUUAGUUGCUCAGAUAUUAAUGAAUGUGAUGUUGGUGAUAAUGGAUGUUCGCCAAAUGCUUAUUGUCUGAAUAGUGAAGGUAGUUAUAAUUGCCAUUGUAGGCAAGGAUUUAUUGGCGAUGGACGUAUUUGUGAAAAAUUGGCGUCUUGCGAUAAUUCUAGCUGUGCUGAUUAUGAACAUUGUACCUUAAUGAAUGGUACACCAAUUUGUACUUGCAUUCCAGGAUUCAAAAAUCAUGGAAAUGGAUGUUUCUUUUUUGAUCAAUCUUCAUGUGAUAAGGAUAAUAAUUGUUCACAUUUAGCAACUUGCGAUUAUAAUGAAAUGCAUCAAACAUAUAUUUGCACUUGUAUAGCAGGAUAUCUUGGUGAUGGAUAUCAUUGCCACCUUGCUGGUUUAGUAAACAAUGAAAAUCCAAUUCCACAAUGUCAUAUUGAAAUGUGUUGGUGUCCAUCAGGAUGGGCAUUCAAAAAUAAUAUGUGUUUAAAAGAAAAUGAUGAUACAUUACAUCAUGGAUCAGGUGAAAUUAUGCAUGAUCGUAAGUACAAUUGUUAUUCAUAUAAAAAUAAUUAUAUCUUCUUAUUGGCGCGACCACUACCAGAAUGCUUGGAGGACACCUGUAUAUGUCCAUGGGGAUACAAUUAUGAUCGACCCAAAGCUCUUUGUGUACUACAUCCAGGGCUAAUCCAGGAGACGAUGGGUUCUUCUGGGUUCAAUUCGUCGUGCAAUGUGCUAAACAGAUGCCACCCUUAUGCUCAGUGUAUCCACGAUUCAAACAACGAGCAGUACUUGUGUCAAUGUAUUCGGGGUUAUGAAGGUGAUGGAAUGGAAUGUUCAAAAAUUGAAAUUUCCUGUUUGGAUGUCGAUAUAUGUGAUCCAAAUGCAUCAUGUCGUCAAGAUGAACCAAUUGGCAAAUGUAUUUGCAAUGCUGGGUAUAAAGGAGAUGGAAUGUCCUGUACACCAUAUGACGAAUGCCGUGAACAUAAAGAGUGCGACGAAAAUGAACAUUGCUCUUAUGUCCCAGUCAAUUCACGCUACGAGUGUACCUGUCAACCGGGUUACAAUUUACUUGAUGGUCAAUGUUUUACUACAGAUUGUUCAACAAACCCAACACAAUGUCACGUAAAUGCUCAAUGUAUAUCGGCCAACAAUGGACUUGAUGAAUAUCGAUGCGUCUGUAUUUUUGGUUAUCACGGUGACGGUAUACAUCAAUGUGUUGAAGAACACAUUGCAUGUAAUGAUAUUAAUAAUUGUGGUAAAAAUGCUGUUUGUGGAUACAACCAAACAUCAAAUAAUUAUGCUUGCUUUUGCCUGCCUGGAUAUUAUGGCAAUGGCUUCAAUUGUAUUCAGCAAACAUCAUGCAGACAAAAUCCAAAUCUCUGUUCUCAAAAUGCGUCAUGUAUUCAUCUAGGAAAAAAUGAAUUCACAUGCAUAUGUAAUGAAGGUUACAUUGGGGAUGGCAAUAAUUGCCAAUCUCGUUUCAAAUUUGAAGCAAAUUUUCUACUAGUUAAUCAGGGCAUGGCUACACAUAAAAUACCAUUUUUUUCUACAUCAGAUAAUCCAGGAAAUCCAAUAUAUCUAGCUUAUUCUCAGAUGACUAUUGCUUUAGAUAUAGAUUGUCCUAGGGGAAAAGCAUAUAUUAGUGAUAUAACUGGUAAUAAAAUUACAAGCAUAGCAUAUAAUGGAUCUCAAUCAGAAGUUUUUAUUGGUCAAGUUUCAAGUCCGGAAGGUAUAGCUAUAGACUGGAUAUCUAGAGCAAUAUUUUGGACUGAUUCUGCAAAUGAAACAAUCGAGGUAGCACAUUUAGAUACAAAAAAAAGAAAAAUUCUAAUUAAAAAUGAUCUUGUAAAUCCCAGAGGUAUAGCCGUUCAUCCGUACAGAGGAAAAAUCUUUUGGUCUGAUUGGAAUCGUGCUGCUCCAAAAUUAGAAUGGGCUAAUGAAGAUGGAACAGGAAGGCAAAUAUUUUUACAAGGAGCAAAUGUUAAACUACCCAAUUCAUUAGCAAUUGAUUGGUAUUCUGAUGAGCUUUGCUGGGCAGAUGCUGGAAUCUUAUCAAUAAAUUGUGCAAAUAUUGACAAUAAAUCUGUACGAGUCAUUAUAACAAAUUUGUUAUAUCCAUUUGGCUUAGCAAUUUCACAAAAUCAUUAUUAUUGGACAGAUUGGAAAACAAGUAAAAUUGAAGUUGCUAAGAAGACAGGUGAAAAUGAAUCAUCAAUACCUCUUCCUGCUGGUGGCAGUGGUAAACCAUAUGGUAUAGUAGUAGUUCCAGAAACAUGUCCAAGAGUAUCAAAUAUUUGUGAGUAUGAAAAUGGAAGAUGCACUCUAGAACAGCUAUGUCUUCCAGAUGGUCAAGGUGGAAGAACAUGUGUUUGUGCGGAUAAUGUUGCUACUUCUUGUAUGGAUUCACAUUACUCAAAAUAGUGCUAAACUAAGUGCUCAUAUUAAUAAAAAAA